ACGGCCGGUUCCCCUGACACACAGGAGAGAAACGCGCGAGUUAAUGCGAGCGCGCCCGCACCGCCGCCCCUAGGCCAGCCCGAGGGAGAGAGCCCCGAGACGAGCCAUGGCGCCGGCGGAGCUCCGCACCGUGGCCGUGCCCUCUUCCCCACUUCCGCUCCGCGUCCUGCUGCUGCUGCUGCUGCUGCUCUCGCUCCUCGCAGUCUCAGCCGUCGACGUUGUAUCGGCGGCGACGGCGCCGCUCAAGUUCGGGAUCAACUACGGCCAGAUCGCGAACAACCUCCCGCACCCGACGCAGGUGUCGGGCCUCCUGCGGUCGCUCAACGUCAACCGUGUCAAGCUCUACGACGCCGACCCGGCCGUGCUCACGGCCUUCGCCGGCACGGGCGUCGAGUUCAUCGUCGGGAACGAGGACCUCCAGAACCUGACCGACGCCCGCAAGGCCCGCGCCUGGGUGGCGCAGCACGUGCAGCCGUUCCUCCCCGGCACGCGCAUCACCUGCAUCACCGUCGGCAACGAGGUGCUUUCCGGCAAGGACACGGCCGCCAUGCAGAACCUGCUCCCAGCCAUGCAGGCCGUGUACCAGGCCGUGUCCGACCUGGGCCUCGCCGCCCAGGUGAACGUCUCUACGGCGCACUCCGUCAACAUCCUCGCCAGCAGCUACCCGCCGUCGUCGGGCGUGUUCCGGGAGGAGCUCGCGCAGUACAUCCAGCCCAUCCUCAACUUCCACGCCGAGGUCCGCUCGCCGUUCCUCAUCAACGCCUACCCCUUCUUCGCCUACAAGGCGAGCCCCGGCAGCGUCUCGCUGCCGUACGUGCUCUUCGAGCCCAACCCCGGCGUGGUCGACCCCAACACCAACCUCACCUACGACAACAUGCUCUACGCCCAGAUCGACGCCGUGUACGCGGCCAUGAAGGCCAUGGGGCACACGGACCUCACCGUCAGGAUCUCCGAGACCGGGUGGCCGUCCAAGGGGGACGACAACGAGGUGGGCGCCACCGUGGCCAACGCCGCGGCGUACAACGGGAACCUGAUGAAGAGGAUCGCCAUGGGCCAGGGGACGCCGCUCAGGCCGGACGUCCCCAUCGAUGUGUUCGUGUUCGCGCUCUUCAACGAGGACAUGAAGCCCGGGCCGGCGUCGGAGAGGAACUAUGGGCUCUUUUACCCCAACGGCACGCCGGUGUACAACCUCGGGUUCAACGGAGCAUCCUUCAGCCCGUCGCCGACGUUCUCCUCUUCUUCCAAGCCGACGAUUACAUUUCUGAUGGCGGUUGUUGUCCUACUCGCCGGCUUUUCCCUAUGACCUACACCAGUAUUGUGCGAGAAGAAUUGCUAUUUCCUGACUAACCCAUUUGUGCUUGCAUCGGACAUCAUACUAGCUACCUGAGCCCAUAAUCUGACUUUGAGGUUAGCAAGAUUUUUUGUUCACUUCAUCAGUUGAUUGGAUUGGAAGGUUGCAGCUAGUCCUAUACAGAGGAAGGAGAAGGCGGAUGUACCAUCAUCAAUUCUAUGCACGUGUUCAUGAAAAUCAGUCAAGCAGCUGUAAAAUUUUGACAAUAUGCAUGGAAUAGAACUGUACAAGUACAAAUACUGGUUAUAUAGAUACAGCGAGCAUGCGACUUGGAGUGGUUAUUUA